AUGGCUAAUCCAGUAGAACAUUCAUACUUAGGAUUGAAGGCUGGUCAAAAAUCACACCCCCUGGAGUGCCAUUCAGUAAUCCUCGUGGACGAGGGUGUACACGUUUUGGUUACUGUUAAGCGUCAGACACCUCGAUGCUGUGCUAUUCCAUACUGUACGUUCUUUCCAACCUUGACGUUUCAAAACGUCAGCAUACAUUUUGGUCUUCGUUGUCCACUUUUUCCGUACUGUGGGGGUGAGAUGGCCCAGUGGUCAGAGCUCGGAUUUACUGACUUGAAGGUCCGUGCUUCAAACCCGACCUUCGCCUCUCAAAUUUUCCUGUCUGGGGCUGGGGAACCGGGUAGCAUCCCAGCCCUCGUGCUUCCUUCGGGUGAAAUUGCAGCUAGGUACCGAAUGGGUGUUACACCUGAACGAUUAUCUUUAGGUGAGUUGGAACAUACACAUAAGUUGUUCUCCAGGUCAAAGCGAGAAACCCAAAGUAUCAGGAACAAUCGGGCAGAAUAUAUCAUAAGUUGGCCAGGAUUGCCAGAGAAUACAAUUCAUAGGUCUAUGGGUUCCAUAUAUUUAAUAGUGUUCAGUUUGGCACUUCCAAGGUUAAACGGGGCUUGUCAACGAUGCUCACCUUGCAUUCGAGAUGAGUGUGACCAAAGUGAACUAAGGUUUUUCAAGGACUCAGAAGUGGGUAACUGCAAAAUCACUCAGACGAUCCGAAGUUCACUGGAAUUGGUUUGCUGCUUUCGGAGCAACCUAACUUACCUUGAGGAAAAGGGGUUAAAUCUUGAGAACCUAUGGGAAGGUUUUCAGAGACAAUCCGUCACAGCUAUGUUUCAAUGGUGCCAGCAAAAACGGCCACCUACAAACAUAAGCUUUCUGUGCCUAGCUGCCAUGCCACCCGAGGAAAGCUUGGAUACUGCCAGGUUUCCCAAGCCUAAACAGGGGAUGUCGAGAGGCAGAGAAGAAAGCAAAGGGGGCGAGGCAGCUCAGUGGUUAGAACGCGAAUUUACUGACUGGAAAGUCCGUGGUUUGAACCCGAAAUCUGCAUCUCCACUUUUCCUGUCUAAACCUGGGCAUCCUGGCAGUAUCUCACUCCUCGUACUUCUUUCUGGUGAUAUGGUAUCAGUUCCCCGAACCCAUGAACUCAAAGGUAUGGUAUGGCAUUCGUUUUUUCUGUCUGAAGCACUGGGCUAUCCCACUGUAACCCGAAAUCCCCUAUUGAUCCGUUUUUCUAAGCUCCAUACUCGACACUUCCGGUAUUCUGUGACCGAGCGGCUGAUGCAACCGGAUGCGGACUCUGCCGUCGUCACAGUUCCUACGCCGUAUGUCUGA